AACGCGCGAUCGGUAGUUACGCUUUCUGAUACUGUGGAUAUUACAUUUAAGGAAACAAAAUUGAGGUUAAUAUUAGAAAUACGUAAUCAAUGUUCAAGACACGGUGUGGUCAUUCUUGAAAAUAUACUGCAGAUAACAGAUUUAAUUGGCAGACGCGGUCCUCCAGCCUGUUCAGAACUUACCUGUCAUUGUCGAGAAAUAGAUCUUGCUUGGGCCUCCGUUUUCUCUGCUGGUGGCAGUGUAAAUCAGUAGCAAUAUUUUAAUGUAUUAAUCAAUGGAAAAUUGUGGAAAAAAAUGACGGAUUACGGAGAAGAGCAGAGGAACGAAGUGGAGGCUUUAGAAUCAAUUUAUCCGGAUUCGUUUACAGUUCUAUCAAAAAACCCCACAAGUUUUACAAUCACUGUGACUUCAGAUGCAGGAGAGGAUGAUGAGACGGUCCAGGUAAACUUCAAGUUUACGUACGUAAAGAAAUACCCAGACGAACCUCCUCUCUAUGAAAUUCUGGAGACAGAGAACCUUGAAGACAGUGAUGUCGCCGACAUUUUGACAUUAGUUCAACAACAGGCGGAAGAAAACCUGGGCAUGGUGAUGAUAUUCACACUGUUAACUGCAGUGCAGGAAAAAUUAAAUGAAGUUGUAGAUCAAAUUAAGAACCGACGAGAGGAGGAGAAGAAGAAGAAAGAAAUAGAAGCAGAAGAGGCAGAAAAGGUGCAAUUCCAUGGCACUGUUGUCACGAUAGAAAACUUUCUGUCUUGGAAAGCUAAAUUUGAACUGGAGAUGGCAGAACUUAACAGAAAAAAACUGAAGGAAGAGGAAGCUUUGAAAUCCAAACUGACUGGAAAACAGCUGUUUGAAAGGGAUCAUAAUCUUGACACGUCCGAUAUUCAGUUUCUGGAAGAAGCUGGCAACAACGUGGAAGUGGAUGAGUCUUUAUUUCAAGACAUGGAUGAUUUAGAGCUGGAUGAGGACGACCCAGAUUUCAAGCCUGUGGAUCUAGGAAGUGAUGAGGACUGAUCCCAUUCAACUGGAUCUGUGACUGCAUCAGCCCGGCAUGAUUCAAUUGUUUUUAUUUUCAUUUUCAGCUGCUUAUAAUUCCAUCACUGUAACUAAUAAAUGUAUUUAAAAAAAGA